CCGUUGAUCCCAUUCCAGAUCGAUCGAAGCCGACAUAGCGGAGAGCUCAAGCAACUGGUUAUGCAAUUGAGACUGACCUUGAGGGCCAACUGCAGCCGCCUUCGAUCCUUUCCUCUGCCCGAUCAUCGGCCAUUACUCUUCGUGGAUUCUCGAACCCCAGGAACAGGGAACCCUCCUAGCUUGGAGCUCAAUGGAGUUCAGCAUCGGUGUUGUCACUCUCCCCCUUUUAGCUGCUCAGGAACGGAGACAGCGGCAGAGACGUUCCACGCCGCAGCGAUCAAGAAAGGCUCCGUGCAGGGUGUGAGCGUUGCCAACUACGUUUUGGCUCUUUAUGCGAAAGCUCGGAACUUGGGCGACGCCCAGAAGAUGUUCGAUGCAUUGCCCGAGCGAGAUGUCCGGGCUUGGACGAUUCUUCUGUCCGCUUUUGCGCGCGACGGGUCUUGGAGGAUGGUUUUGGAUCUUUUCAGGGCUAUGGCGAUUGAGGGUGUUUGUCCGAAUCACUUCACUUUGUCGAGUGUCUUGAAGUGUUGCUCCAGCUUGAAUGAGCUCAAACUGGGUAAAGGUGUUCAUGGGUGGAUCAUCAGAAACCAAAUUCAUGUCGACACCGUGUUGGCAAACUCUGUUCUUGAUGUUUAUGCGAAAUGCGGGGAUAUCAAUGCUGUGGAGAGGUUGUUUGAUUUGAUGAGAGAGAAGAAUACCAUUUCUUGGAACGUAAUGAUUGGUGCUUACCUACGUGGUGGAAAUGCAGAGAAAUCGUUUGAUCUAUUUCAGAGUAUGCCAUACAAAGAUGUUGCUAGUUGGAAUACGAUUAUAGAUGGGCUUAUGCAAAAUGGAUCAGAAAGAAGGGCACUGGAGCUGCUUUAUGAGAUGAAGGUAAAAGGACCGGUGUUUAACGAGGUGACCUUUUCCAUAGCUCUGGUUUUGGCUUCUUUUUUGUCUCUUUUGGAGGUUGGAAGGCAAGUUCAUGGGAUAGCUAUUAGAUUGGGAGUCAACAGUAAUGAAUUUAUCAGGACUUCUCUCAUAGAUAUGUAUUGCAAAUGUGGAGAAACUGAAAAGGCUUCAAUAGUAUUUAAUUGUUGGCCUUUAAUGUUUAGGAGCACGAAGAAUUGUGAAAUAGCUUACGAGGAUGCAUAUGCAUGCAGUUCAUUGGUUUCUGGGUUUGUGAAGAAUGGUAACUAUGAAGACGCCUUUGAAAUUUUUAGCACGAUGGUCCGAAAAUGUAUGAAGGUGGACAAAUGUACCAUUACAAGCAUUAUUUCAGCGUGUGCAAAUGUUGGUAUAUUAGAACUUGGUCGAAAGAUCCAUGCCUACAUCCUGAAAGUUGGGUAUUACCAGGAUGUUCACCUUUCUUCCUCAUUGAUUGAUAUGUAUUCCAAAUGUGGGAGCCUCGAUGAUGCAUCAUCAGUAUUCGAGCAAAGUAAAGACUCGAAUGUUGUGCUAUGGACUUCAAUGAUAUUCAGCUUCGCUUUACAUGGGAGAGGUAAGGAGGCUGUUCGGCUUGUUAAGCAUAUGAUUAAUGAGGGAACUAUACCAAAUGAGAUAACUUUUGUUGGUAUUUUAACUGCUUGCAGCCAUGCAGGACUGCUUAAAGAAGGUCAUGAACAUUUCAUGCUCAUGAAAGAUGUAUAUGGAAUCAAACCUGGAAUAGAACACUAUGCUUGCAUGGUGGAUCUUUAUGGGCGAAAGGGUUUAUUGAAUGAGGCUAAGGAGUUUAUUUAUAGCAAUGGCAUAUCUGACCAAAUUGCAAUUUGGAAGUCAUUUCUAUCUUCCUGUCAACUGCACAAUAGAGUUAAUAUGGGAAAAAGGGUUUCUGAGAAAUUAAUCCAACUUAAUUCACGUGAUCAGGAACCUUAUGUUUUGUUGUCAAACAUGUAUGCCACUGAUAAAAAAUGGGAGCAGGCAGCUCUAGUUAGAAAUCAAAUGCAAAAGGGAGGGCUUAAAAAGCACCCUGGGCAAUCGUGGAUCCAAGUGAAUGGUCAGGUGCAUGCAUUUAUAAUGGGAGACUAUUCGCACCCACAAGCUGCUGAGGUGCAUUCAUACUUGGGCAAACUAAUUGGAUGACUAAAGGAUGGAGAUUCUCCUCGUGUGAAGUCGGCAAUGCAGGAUGUAGAAGAAGAAGAGAGAGAAUAGUCUUGUUUUCACAAUGAGCAGGAAAGAACCUUACUUUGAUGUUUGGAAUUUGUGUUGACUGUCAAAACUUCGCCAAGUCUGCUUCCCAACUCUUAGAUAGGGAAACAGUCAUCAGAGAUAUACACCGGUUUCAUUAUUUUAAGAGUGGCCAAUGGUCCUGCUGUGAAUUUUGGUGAAAGCAACUUCAGAAAAAACAUGUCGUGUAGAUUGUUUCAGUGAGGUUUAGAACUUUUAGUAAGUUGGAGACAAGCAAUCUAGUAUGCCCAUGAAAAAGUGCUUUCUCAAAUAAAGCGUGUGGUUAAUUUUGGUGUCUGGGCUCGUUAAGGCUGAAAAAAGUCCAGUUCCUCAAGCUUCAGCAUCCAGUUGUCAUCGGUAUAUAAAUUGUACAAUCCAACAGUGCAGGUAACCCUUGCUUCCUGGGGUAAAAAUGAUGAAACGAGGGGUAGGAAGAUCUGUUCGUGGAUGCAUCGUUAAGCCUGUACUUUCUGCUACAGUUGUGGUGGUGUGGGGAAGCAUGAGGAGAAUCACCAAAUACUGAGAAUCAAAGAAUGAGAGGCACAAAUAGGCCAGCAAUUUCCACAAGCAAUAUGACCUCUUAAAGAAAGAUGGACCACUGAAGUCCUGGUAUCAUU